CGUGCGCCAGUCGCUUCUGCCGGUUCCCGCCGCAAGCGAUAGCAGCAGUAGCAGCGCAGUGCGCGGCGUGCGAGGAGUCCGUCGUCCCCUUCGAAGUGUUCUCGAGGUCCUCGCCGAAGGUCAGCCACUCGCCGCCCAGUGUUGUUUAUCGGCGCACCGCUUGACACCGACUAAGACCAUCAUGAGAGGCGUGGCACUGUCUGCCUUGUGCCUGCUGUGGGCCCUAGCCCACACCGAAGCCGGCGGCGGCGGCUACGGGGGAGGCGCCGUGGCCGUCGCAACUCCGGUCAUCGCCAAGACCACGCCCAUCCUCGUCGCGGCCUCCAAGCCCGUCCUCCCUAGCAUGGGCAAUGCAGGCCACUACCUCGGCUACGCGGGCAACGUCUUCGAGCAGCUGCUGAGGUUUAGCGGACACUACGGACUCCCCAGCGGUGGCGGGGGAGGGGGCAAAGGUCUGUUGCGUGCCGUCAGUGUGCCCGUGUUCAGCGGCAGUGUGAUGCUGGGCCACGGCCUGGGUCGUGGCGGAGGCGGCGGCGGCGGUGCCUUCCUUCUGGGCCACGGCGGCGGCUACGGUGGUGGCAGCGGCUUUGGCGGCGGAUCCAUCAAGACCUACAAGUUGGCCCAUAGCUCCUAUGGCGUUCCCGUCGGCCUGCCCGUCAGCUUGGCCCACGGAUGGCACUGACACUACGGGAGCUGGCCCUCCCGACACUUCCUCAGCGUAACAAACGACACAUCAACCAUCUGAAAUCCCGGAGGACACCUGUACAUAAUGUUUCACAUUACAGAUCAUUACGUUUUCCUUUUGUUCAAUAAAACACGUUCUAUUUUGCUGUUUGAAACAA